GGUUCAAAACAUCUCCGAGUCAAAGCUUUAAACCUUUCCUACAUGGGCCUUGUUGGUACCAUUCCUCCGCACAUCGGGAACCUUUCAUUCCUUGUUAGCCUAAGCAUAAGAAACAACAGUUUUCAUGGCUCAUUUCCAAAUGAGUUGUCUCAUCUUACUCGGUUGAAAAUCUUUAACUUUGGAUUCAAUGAAUUGAGCGGAGAAAUUCCAUCUUGGAUUGGGUUGCUAAAAAAACUUCAAUCUUUGUACCUAUAUGGUAACAAUUUCAUAGGUACUAUUCCACCAUCUCUAUCUAACAUAUCUUCAUUGCAAGUUAUUAGUCUUGGAUACAAUCAGCUUUCAGGCACCAUACCUUCCUCUAUCUUCAAGAUAUCUUCCUUGCAAAAAAUUUAUCUUGGAGCGAACAAGCUUUCAGGACCGAUGUCCUCCAUUUUCUUCAACAUAUCUUCACUACAAAACAUUGAACUUGGCGAGAAUAUGCUAUAUGGUGGACUAUCUACACAUAUGUUUGAUCAUCUUCCCAAUCUUCAGUAUCUUUCUAUUUGUUGUAAUCAAUUGUCAGGUGAACUCCCGAAAAUAGGGAAUUUAACUAUGCUUACAAACCUAAACCUUGGUGAAAACAAAUUUGAAGGAAAACUACCCCGAGAAAUAGGCAAUUUAACUAUCCUUACAGAGCUAUACCUUUAUGACAACAACUUUGAAGGUAUUCUUUGUCUUAUUUGAAACCAUUUACAUAGAUAAGGCUAUUGAUCA